GUGAACCGCCCAGCCAUUUUAGAUCUCGUUCCAAUUUGCCCCACGCACAUCAUCCAUCAAAAUGUCGGACAAUAUCACAGAACUCAUUGAUGGACCGAGACAGUUCUUCAAGGAGGGCGUCCAGCUCGUAAACAGGUGUACAAAGCCUGACAAGAGAGAAUUCAUCAAAGUGACGCAAGCUGUUUCGGUUGGGUUCCUGAUCAUGGGAUUCAUUGGAUUCUUUGUCAAGUUGAUCCAUAUUCCCAUUAACAAUAUCAUUGUUGGAAGAGCAUAGGAUGAUGUGCUGGGCGAUAAGAGUAGAAGAGGUGAAAAUGCAACACAAGAUAUUUUGGAAGAGGAUGGCAAUGUGUCGUGGGCCGUACGUUUGAAUCACCAGAAUAGAAACGUUGUAGGUGGACGUUGGGAUUAUAUGCCUCAUGCUCGAACUACCCUUUCUGGAUUUUACUCUGUGGAGAAAGGCAAGGAGAGUGGACACUCUUUGUCUUUAUUUGAAAGACGGGAUGAGAAUCAAUCCUGCUGCAAGCCGUCCGUCUGUCGCACGCCAACUGAACAAAGUCCAUAGCAUGAAGUUUUUCACUGCAUAUCGUCGAGAAAGGAUGGAUUAUAACAUGGUGGGAUGAUGCAUAAUCAGAACGAUGAGUUUCCCGCCAAUCUUUUGGGGACCAAUGUCGAGUAAAGCGCAAGUCAUUUAUCGUAUCAAAAAGUCA